UCAACAAACGACGCGACGGCGGCUUUACGCGUCGCGUCGCCAGCGUUUAUUCAGCGUCCGACGUUCGACAUCAUUCUGAGCCGAACAGUCGUCGGAGGAAGUUAGUAAACAUUGUUCAACAUCCGCUCUCUCUGUUAUACACGAUUACGACUAGCAUUUAAACUUGCGGACGACCGCGUUCGUUCAUAUUCAAACUGAAAGAGUGCGAAAAAAUAAUUGAUCUUGUUUUUCGUCGUUUCCAAAACGUGUAACAAAUAAUAAUCGACCGUUUUUUUGUUCAUUUUGUUUAAUGUGAGGUGAAAAUUGCUCAGUUUGUUUCGAUCCUUCAAAAUACAUCACUGCAGCUUCCAAAGGACGAAGAUUUGAGAAUUGAUCAAAAUAAAGCCCAUCAACGAGUCAAUGAUGACAAUGGACGUUUCAAAAGAGGGUUCGGCGAAAUCCGGGCCGAACAGCAGCGGAGGUGGUGGCGGCGGAGGAGGAGGUGGCGGUAACCCCGGUCCCCAAGAAUGCGCCGGUUGCUGCAAGCCCAUUACCGAACGCUACCUCCUCAAAGCACUCGAUCUUUUUUGGCACGAAGACUGUCUUAAGUGCGGCUGUUGCGAUUGUCGACUUGGCGAGGUCGGUUCCACACUUUACACCAAAGCUAAUCUAAUUCUUUGCAAACGAGAUUACUUGAGGCUAUUCGGCAACACAGGCUAUUGCGCCGCUUGUAGUAAAGUAAUACCCGCCUUUGAGAUGGUCAUGCGUGCCAGGAGCAACGUAUACCAUUUAGAGUGUUUCGCUUGUCAGCAGUGCAAUCACAGGUUUUGUGUGGGAGAUCGAUUUUACCUCUGCGAAAACAAAAUCCUUUGCGAGUACGACUACGAGGAGCGAUUGGUUUUCGCCAGCAUGGCUUACAACCCUCCAGCACUUUCCCAUCUUAAACGCCAAACAGCUACAUUGCCACCUCCCACAAUACCGACACAUCUGAUGAAUGGACAUAGGCCCCCUUUGCCCCCCACAAACGGCGAUUUGAAUAACAAUAUGUCAGGGUCUAGUCAGACACCGCCCCAUUCGAUGUCUUCGCAAUCGUUUCCGGCACCAGGUCAUCUAAAGAAUAGUCCGAUGUCACUUGGAGCGUCCAGUUGAAACGGAAACAAUCCUCAAGACUGUGAUCCAAAAAGGCGAAAAACGUUUAUAGUGUAAAUACAAGGUGCUGUUAAUUAUUAUUGCAUUCAAUUCGUGUAAAUUCGCGUCUAUCAAAAGCACUCGUCUCUCUCUCUCUCUAUCUCUCUCUCUCGCUGCCGAAGUUGAACCGAAUCUAUUACACAUGCUAGGGAUUGCUCCAGGACAUCAACAUUUUGAAAUAUCUUAACCUCAAAAUUCAAAUGGUAUCAACUUGGCUCGUUUGGUUUUGAAGUUGAACAUCUUGAAAUAGACAGGAGUUAUACAACCCUCCUUUUAAUUAAAUGAUAUUGCUAUCUCACUAUUGUUUUUAUGUAAAACGUUCACAAUCGAAAAAAGAACUGAAAAACUGACUGACUCCAAAAGAGAUCUCUCUGACGGUUUUCUAAUGAAUUGCUUCAAGAUGUAAUAAACAUAUUAGAGUCGUUGUUCUUCUUCGGUAGCUGCUUUUGAAACGCUUUGAAAGUUUACAAAUUCGAUAGGUGAAAUGCUCAAUUACCAUUGUUACGAUGAUGAGAUUGGAGAACCCAACAAUUGUAUAGACGACUACGUGCAAUAUAUAUACGAGCGCAGUAUUCGAAAUAGUUAAUUCUAGAAGUAUACGCAUACAUUUUUAAGUACACCGUGUAUGUACAGUGACGUUUGUUAAAAGUGAACAAAGUGAACAACAAAAGAUCACUUCAGCUGAUCUCAAGAUAUAAACCGUCACCCUAAUAAGAUUCGCUACAAAGUCGCUAUUCAUUCAACAAGAUCUUUAUAAAUUUCAUAAUUACAAUUUGUCCACUUUUAAAGACCGUUAUUGUACAUCUACAUAUAAAAUACCCCUUAUCGUAUCGCAAUCGUUUUUUCAAAAAAUAAUUACGUUACUAUUUUUAUUUGAACUUCUGACAAACUUUUGUAAAGUUUUAUUACGAGGCAUUUUCUUUAAGCACACGUUUUAAUUAUUGUUUGCGAUACUUUAAAUUUCUUUUUAUUACUAGCCAUAGGUGAUUGGAUGAUACUCAUUUGUUGUUUGUUACAUUUUGUUUCUCAGAAAACAAAACAAGAAUUGAUUGAUACGCUUGUGUGUUAUCGGUUCCGUAAUAUUUUUACCAAUAACUUUAUAUUUCCGUCGAUUAAUUAAUUAAAUUGUAAAUAGAAUAUCUAUAUUUACCAGUAGAUAGGCCAUUGAAAUAGAUGUGUAAUGUAUCUACUACUCCCCUGCCCCUAAUACAGAUAGAUAGCUGUUUUCAUCAAAAUAUUUCCGACUUUUUUAAAUACCUAUUGUACAUUAUUUGCAACCAUAACUGUACCCACAUCGUUUAAAUAAUACUAACUAAACGGUAAAGAUCUCGACUACAGUUAAGUGAUGGAUGUGGAACGAAGAAAGAAUAAUUAAUUGCAUUUAUUAAGUUUUUGUUUAUUUGUAAAUGACAAUUAUUCCAGUGAACGAAUAAUUUAUAGUUGUUUAAAACAUCCUAUAAAAAUUUCUUCCUGAAACCAAUGAAAUGACCAAAGAAAUUAAAUGAAAAAUA